UCGGGAUAGAAAACUCUCUCCUUCUCUCUCUUACCACGAACCCUAGUUACUGGAGGAACACUACUUGUACAACAUGGCGAGGCGGAAGAGGAGGCAGUCGGAGUCGGAGUCGGGGGCGCAGGAUUUGUCUAAUAAGACUGUGAAGCGGAAGUUGGAAGAAAAAUCGACAACAACUGAAAAGUUAGCAGAUAAUGACGUUACGCAUGAUGCCAUUAUACCGUCGCCGCCGCCGAAUGUUGAGGUCCGUCGGGCAACCUUUGUUGUAGAAAAUGCGUCUCUGAGAAAGGGCAUCGUUCGAAAGAGGUGGAAGAUUCUGGAUUCAGAGGAAGAUGCUGAUGCCCUGAAACAAAAGAAAGAUGAGAAUAAUUAUCAGCCUGGAGUUGUCUACCAGGCUCUUCGUGCGAUUUUUGAUAGCAAACUUAAUAAAGCUGGUAUGGUAGGAGCUGUGUAUGUGAAAACAGAUAAUGGAGUGUUAUUUGAGAUUAAACCCCAUGUUCGUAUACCAAGAACGUGUAGGCGCUUUUGUGGAGUCAUGCUGGAGUUGCUAGAUAAAAAAUGCAUACGGACCAAAGAUACAAAUGAAAUUCUUAUGCGUGUCAUUGCGGAACCUGUAACCCGACAUUUACCGGUCAACUCUCGUGUAGUAGGACUCUCUUAUAGUUCAGAAAAAGUGGUUGAUAUUGACGACUAUGUUAAUUCUGCCGGUGAUGAAUUGAAUCUUGUUUUUGUGGUGGGUGAACUGGCCCAUGGGAAGAUCAAUGAGCAUACAGAUGAUUUUAUAUCAGUUUCAAAUUAUCCAUUGAGUGCAAAAGGCUGCAUAGGGUUGAUUUGCGAGUCGUUGGAGCAUAAAUGGAAGGUCUUCUGAAUCAUUUAUAUCUAAGUUAUUAAGUACGAAGUUUUGUACAAGCGUCGAAGAUAUCUAUAACAUGAGUAUUCCUAUA